GACCGGUCUCCAUUCGCAGCAGUAGCGCGCAGACGGCGGAGCCUCUUUAACCCCCCGGACCACCCGCCUCACCCCCCGCUGUGCAGGACCCUUCUUGCCCCUCCGGUCCGAUUACCGUGUGAGAAUGAGUGUGUCGGUGGCGGAGGGCUGCUUUCUGUCCGCUCUUCAGCCCAGAACCUCGUGCACCGCGUACGUGGUUCCCCCGGACGGCCCGUCUGCGGACCCCGGGGCCAGAGCCCGAAGGGUCCGGGAGCAGGUCCGGAUGCGGCUGGCGGAGAACAGGUCCUCGUCCCUGCCCAGACUGGACGACACGCGCAAUGGAUCAACAGACAACAACUAUCCUGAGGUCAAGAGCUUUUCACACAACCUUGGUUUCAGUUCCAGAUCCAUGAUACACACACCCAGCCGUGUUAUGGCUAUGCCAACAGCACCCCUUCCCUCCUCUGGUUUCUCCUCCCGCUCUGCUGUGGAAACUAGUUCUAAAGCUCGUCAUAAACAAAUGAGCGAGGUGCAGAGCAGCUUCCGGUCCUCACACAGCCGGAACACGCGCUCCAAGUCGCUGUGCCAAGCGGACCAGGAGGCUGCUAUCGCUGCGUCGCGUCCUCCAGAGAUUACAGUGCCGGCCCUCGGGACCCUGAGGCGCAGCCUCAGCGGGACCCUGGCCCAGGAAAGAGGCUACUGGCAGGAGGAGGAGCAGCCGUACCAUUACACCUACAAGGGCCCCUCUCACCGCACCAUCAGCCGUAUCACCAACCGACAGCAGCACUACCAGCAACAGCAGCAGAGCUCCACCUUUGGCCAGGAGGGCUGGGUGGGCUCAGGAAGAGGAGUCCCCAUGGCAGGGGACAGCUGGGGGACACAGUGGCAGCAGCACAUGUCCAGGGCCAGCCACGGCAUUGGGACAGGGCAGUGCCAGGCGUCCAUCCACCGCGCCCCCUCACUUCGCAGUUUGAGGAGUGUCGGGAAAGGAGUGGAUAUCUUGGAUGGGGCAUCGAUACACAACAACGACCCGCUGGAAGAUAUGCAGAGUCUGGACAUGCCCACAGCUGUCCAAUAUCUGUCGGAAUCAGACGUUGCCUUGCAAGUUCUUGGAGCUGCAUACAUACAACACAAGUGUUACCAUAGCAACGAAGCCAAAAACCAGGUUCGUUUUCUACAUGGCGUUCCAGCUCUAGUUCAGCUUUUCUCCAGUGACAAUCAAGAGGUGCAGCGUUUCUCCACCGGCGCCACGCGGAACCUCAUCUACGAGAACGCUGACAAUAAGGCGGCACUCAUCGACGCCGGUGGAGUGAUGCGCCUCGUCAGCAUCCUCGGCCAACCUGACGAGGAGCUUCGGAAGACCAUCACAGGUGUCCUGUGGAAUCUGUCCUCCAGAGACAACCUGAAGGAGAAGCUUUCCAAAGAAGUUUUGUCAGAGCUGACGGAGAAAGUACUGAUUCCUCUGUGCAGCAGCGUCCCUCUGAGUCCAUCUGAGAGGGACAUCUUCUACAACACCAGCGGCUGCCUCAGAAACUUGAGCUCGGUGAAUGAGAGGACAAGGCGGAAGAUGAGAGACAUGCAAGGCCUGGUAGACUCUCUGGUGUCCUACAUUCAACAAGAGGACAGGGGAGAUGACAAGGGUUUAGAGAAUUCACUGUGUGUGAUGAGGAAUCUGUCCUACAAGCUGUAUGCGGAGCUUCCUCCCUCAGUCAGACUCCGUCUGGAGGGCCCAACGAGAGCGUCUGCCUCUGGGAAGGGCGAGGCCAUCGGCUGCUUUACUCUGUACAACAAAAAAGACACACAGCGUAACCAGAAUCUGUCCGUACUGUCUGAGGUGUCCCGGCAGCCGAAGGGGGCUGAGUGGUUGUAUCACCCUAAUGUGGUGGUGCUGUACAAGCUUGUUCUGCAGAACAACAGCAGCUCCAACAGCCGCGAGGCGGCCAUAGGAGCCCUUCAAAAUAUCACUGCAGGAGAUGCCAGGUGGGUGUCGGUGCUGUGCGCUGUGGUGGUGGAGCAGGAGCGGAUGCUGCCCAUCCUGCUGGAUCUGUUGGACACCGACAGUGACAUGGAGCUGCGGCCCCUGACCGGCCUGCUGAGGAAUGUGAGCAGACACUCAGCCAGCAAAGACCACUUGGCUAAGAACAUGGUCAGUGUUCUGGUCUCCAAGCUGCCCAGCGAUGGCCUUCAGAAAACGCCAUCCUCCGAGGUGGUGGUCAACAUCUGUGGGGCCCUCAAUCACUUGGUCACCUGCAGUUCCUUGGCAGCCCGCGACAUCUCAUACUUUAACGGCCUACCAAAAUUGAUUGGUAUAAAGACAACGCAUGAUAACAGUUCUGGGAGUGUAAAGGCUGCCAGAGCGGCCUCAACUGUCCUCUGCAACAUGUUCCAGUACAACAAACUGCACAAAGACUACAAGCAGAAAGGAUUUGCCAGACGAGACUUCGCAGAUGUCACCAUCUAGGCUGCAGCAAAUGAUGUGAUUCAUUCAGAGCUUUAGGCCUCUGCAUCACUACUGCCGUGGAGAAUUGACACGAAACAGUCAGACUUGAUGAACAGAGCCGAAUCAGCUGGGAUGGACUUGCAGAAACAGUGAAACAAAAAUUGGCCAUGGCCAAUGGAACGAUGGACUUGUGUUAAUCUCUUGUAGUUGGCUGUGUGUUUAACUUGGCUUAGCGUGCAGCAGAUAGCCUGUGAUGACGGUAACUAACUUGUGUGCACACCAACACUGGCCUUCACCCCCAAAACUACUACUCGUUGUGUGUAUUGAGGUUUGACUGAUUCUCUUGAAACUGACACAGAUUUGAAUGAAUGUCUCUGAUAGCGAUUUCCACACCAGAGAGAGAGCCAGAUAAUACUUGUGAUAUUUUGUACAUGGUCAGAGAAGGCGUACUGGCUCUAAUGAUUGCAAUGGCGGUCUGUUGGUCGUUCAGUGAGUCGACCUGUUGGGCCGGAGUGUCUCGUCACCUGUUGGUUGGACUGACAGAUUCCCAACAUUUCAAAACACACACUCUGCUGUAUGUGUUUAGUGAUGAUUAGCAAAUGUUAGCUUACUAACUCGCUAAGCUAUGAUAAUGAACAUUAUAAACCUUUUUUUUCUGCUAAA